CCGUGUGUUGCGCGUACCGGAUUCUAUGAAGAGGUCUUCAGCUCUGAUUUACAGAAUGCCUUCACCUUCGACAAAUCUACUGACCUCUCCGCGGUCAGAGAAGAAGAACUACGACAACAAAGACUUUAACCACGAGGACGAURAAGAGAUAUUUGACGAACCAAUGAAAAUUGGUAUCGCAGUUGGCGUGUUUGCUAUAGCAGUAAUAAUAAUUAUYGUGAUUGUGGUUUGGAUUGAAAUAAAAAAGAAAAGAAAUCGAGUUCAAGAAAGUCAUAUCACGAUAACGCCAGAUGAAGAUUAUUAUGAGCAACCUGUUGAUAACCAUCUUAAGUAUACUGGUCAGCAGCAGCCCGGACAGGAGUAUGCGUAUGCCGUCUCUGACGUACAUUCGUCACUUACUCGAGAAGAGAAAGCCGAAGGCUCUAAGGRAAGUGAUGCACUAAGCCACAAGAAAGAUUUAGCUAUUGAAAAGGGAUAUCUAAAUCCAAAGAAAGAAAUGACUCCAAAAGCUAUCGACAUCUUGCCCUCUACCAAAAUGGCGGUGCGCCAUAGCGUUUUCGUUGGGAUUGAAUGUUUCUGGUUAAUUGACUGA